ACAAAAUUAAUAUACCUUUCAAAUCAAAUGUAUUUUGCAUUUUUAUUCAAUAACUUUUUUUUCUUUGUUCCGACUGGGACUUUGUGGUCUGGUAUGACAGUGGCCUUUGUGAUUGUGGGGAGCGGGAGUCCUUCAUUAAUGUCACUUUCACUUGCAAUUAAUAUAGUGACGAAAGAAAACGUUUUGAUAAACAACUCAACAGUUGAUUUAAACAUUUCCAUCUUUUCCUUUCAGUCCAUUAUAUCAUUGUGUGUUUCUGAUCUGUUAGACCAGCAGUCAUUCAUUUCCUCCGCUGAACCCUGUGUUGUUCAAUGAAAUACCAGCAAACUCCUGUAGGGGGCAGCAUUACAUCAUCCAGUGUAUAGCCUGCCGGAAAGAAAGGAAGCAAAAGACGACGUCACCGAUCUUCCGGUCCGCCAUGCUGGAGGGCAAGCGAACAACUCCUAGAAACGGGAUUUAAUUCAUUUACUCGCUAUAAUGGUCAAUACCUGUGGUGUUUAUGCUUGCAAGAACCGGAGAAGUCGUGGAUCAGAUCGGGGAUAUUAUAGGUUACCUGCAGUCAUCUUUCGUCAGGGAGAAACUACUAAAUGUUUGACAGCCGAACGGCGUAAGUUAUGGCUGGCGAGAAUCCUGCCUCAAACAUCUGUGGCGAAUCUACGAGUAUGCUCGGAUCAUUUUAUCAAAGUGAUGGUUUCUUUUUUCCAGGCAAACCAUCAGACCUCUAUGAUAAAACCAAUCCUGACUGGGCCCCUUCUAUAAAGUUGGGGUAUAACAAUGUCAAGUCACCAAAAGACCACUCAGAGAAAAACAUCUGUAAGGAGGAGACUGAUGAUGAGCAGCUUCUCUGGAAACAGGAGAGGAGCUCCAGUCUGGAUGAGGAGAAACCAGAGCUUCCACUGAUCAAAGAGGAGUGGGAGGAGGUCUUCAUCACUGAAGAAGUAGAGCAGCUUGAACUGAAGCAGGAAAUUGAUGCUUUCAUGGUCACGGAGGACGAUCAGGAAAACAUGGACUCCAAACCAGUUCUGGAAGAAAACUCUCGGAUCAGAAAAAGUGAUUCUGUGACUGUCCAGUUGGACUCUCCUUCACAUGAGACUUCAAAUUCCUGUAAAAUAUGUGGAAAGGUUUAUAUUAGGAGUGCUUAUUUGGAAACUCACAUGAAAACUCACAUGAAAACUAACUCAGCUGUGAAGUCUGUUUUCCGUGAAAUUUACCCAAAGCCUUCUGGGAUAUUUCUGGUUUGGGCGACCACAUGAGCACCCACACAGGUGAAAGGCGUCAUUAUUGUAAAACGUGUUGGAAAAAGUGUUGGUUUUAUUUAUUUAUUUAUUUAUUUAUUUAUUUGCAUCCUCUUGAUUAACCUUCCACAUGACAAAUCACACCAGGCCUCUGGUAGAGGACCAGAGCUUAUUGUGAGAAGCCGCCUGAUUAGAAAAUAAUUCAUGUAUUAAAUUAAAACUGUCAAUGUAAUCAUAAGAACUGAAAUGGUAACAUCAGAUGAAAAAGUGUUAAUUGUGCCUUAAAGAUCCACCCCAUUGACUGUAUAUAGACAGUUGGACUGAGUGACCCCCGCCCCUCCCUUGGGUUAUGAAGUACCUGCUGACUCCAAAAAGACAAAGUCCUAUAGACAUCUAUUGAGAAAUGAUCAGCUAUUACUCAGUCAUAUUUGUCAGAAUAACCAUCCUUGCUCUGAUAUCUUCUUCUUGCUAAUCCUAAUGUUUUUUAAUGAUAUAUUUUCUUUAUCGCGAGUUAUAAACUGACCAAUCAUUCCUCUCAUGUAUGACUGAUUCUCCCUGCUUUCAGUGGAAGGGGUGAGGGCUUCAAAGUGGCUUACUCAUGACUGGCGACAGUAGUUGCCAUACAGAUGUUGGGGCUUAGACCAUUUGGACCAUUCACAGUCAUCAGGCUCCAACUUAGAAACAUCUGUAUCACGGAAAAAUGGCGACUGAAUUUGCUGGAGCUGAAUGGACGGCUUUUUCUGCGGGUGACAUCACACCUGCUCUGUCCAGUUCUGCAUUUGCAUACAGUCAAUGAGUGUGUUUUUAGCAUUGUCUUUUAUAGUUUUGUCAUAUAUAAAGAACUUUAGGAUUGGAAUUACAUUUCUGAGUAUUUCUUUAUUCAUGGUGAACCAAGAGCAGACAUAAAAAGUUUGUUGUUACGUAGAAACUACAAUCGGCUGCCUCAAGCUCCUUACUCUGCUCCACUCUGAUGCAUCCACCUGCAGACAAGUAGAUCCUUGUAUGUCUUUGUUUUCCUCGUCUGAGCUGAUAUCUGCUGGCUGAAAACUGUACAGUUGGGUAGCUCUGAGAUUUCUUGUCAUUUUUACAGCACCAAUAAUGUUAGUUUGGGGUUGUAAGCUAACAGUAGAUACUGUUAAAAAAAAAAUGAAUGGGGGUGGUAAAUAAGUAGAGGGCUGACUUUCAUGCCAACCGUCCUGCCCACAACUCAGAGCUGAAUUUCUGAGUUGAACUGCCUCUGCAGAAACCAUGCCCUACAGUAGAACAGGGGUAUCAAACUCAUUUUCUCCGAGGGCCACAUCAGCAUAGUGGCUGUCCUCAAAGGGCCAGAUAUAACUUAUGCAUGUAACUAAAUGCAAUGAAAAAUAAAUACAACUACUCCUUAAUGUUAAAAAAAUAUUUAAAUAUUUAUUUAUUAUAACUUAACUGUAACACUAAAGUGACAAUUAUAGUUGCAUAGAAAACAUGUGUUUGCUUCUUACUCUAGCAUAAAUCCUUUUAAAUUUGAUUCUGUCAGGCUAGGUUAUAUGGACAGUGUUUAAGUCCUAAUGUACAGUUGCCCAAUCCGAUAUUCCAAGUCUGAUUCCUCCUAUAUGAAUAAAUACACACCAAUUUUUCUUUUUUAUUCUAAGAAAUUAAAAACAUUUAUGCUCUGGCGGGCAACAUAAAAUGACAUGGUGGGCCACAUUUGGCCCGCAGGCCUUGAGUUUGACGCAUGUGUCCUAGAAAAUGACAAGUUUUAUGAGUUUGGGGGGAAGAAAAACAGCAUAGUCAUACUUACAAAAACACCAGGAAAAUAUAGGGAAAAAUGAUAGGAGUAGGUCUUUAAAAACAUCAUAUUCAGGAAUGCCGUUUGACCAAGGACAACAAAAAUGGCAGAAAAAAAAAUGUUGGUUUUGAAAAUAAGAGUAGAGUGAUAAAAAUUCAAUGGAUUUACCUGAAUGAUCUUUGAUAACUUUGAGGCCCAGAGUUAUCAAAGAUCAUUCUAGUGAAUGAUAAAUAAUAUAUAAAGUCGAUCAAGAAGUUAAUAAUCAGUUUCUUGCAAACGUUCGGUGUCUCUUCCUGUUGUGUCUCUGCUGUCUUUGCCUUUUUAUGUACAUGUCGAGCAAAUAAAAAGGUGUCCAAUCACAAACUUUCCUCUACCAAGUUGACUCGAGCACAAUUAGCUAAAGGUGAAUCACAACAAGGGUUGUAGGUCAUGAGCACUAAACAUGUAACCCUUGUUAUUCACAGGAUUGCACAUAAUACCUAAA